AUAGUUCUUGUAGUAUCAGAAAAGAUAGCUUUUGCUGUCGGAUAGAAUUUCCGUACUUCGCUAUUAUUUGCAUUUUCAAUGUUCGUAAAUUAAAGUAUUUGUAAUACAGAAUUAUUAAAAUAUAUGAUAUAGAUAUAUAAUUAAAUAAUAAAAGUUUCUAAAUUUAAAAGAUAUAAACUUCACAAAUGUCUGUCAAUAAAAUUCAGUCGUUAUAUUAUUUUCCGAAAAUAACUCGAUGGUCUAAGGGAAUAGGAGCAGAAUUACCGGAAGAAUAUAAAAAAUUUUGGAAGGAGUGGAAACUUCAAGAACCGACUGCAGUUCAUUAUAUAAAACAGCAAGAAAAAUAUAUUAGAAAUGAAAAAACAGGAGAAGUUCAUCCGGUACAAAAUACUCCGAUUCCUUUGAAAUAUCCAAAAGAAUUUGAGCAAUAUAUAUUGGGCGGAGAAGCUGUAAUCCAAGGCUUUCAACAACGUGAAAAGUAUUGUCGCAGAUAUCCUCAUUUUUGGUUUCCUUUAUUAAAAAAAUCUGUCCUUUAUAGUGAAGUUUUAGAUUCGUAUAUGAGAGUAAUUGUUACACAAAAAACCAUUCUUUUAAUUCAUGAAAACUACGGAUUUGAUCAUUAUUUAUUGAAGACUCCUGCGUGCGAUUUAAAGUCAGAACUUGCUGUAAAACUAAAGCGACAAAUACUUAUAGCAUUGGCAGAUAAAACAUUAUAUCCAAAUAACGAAGCCAAACGGGACGAAGUAUAUGCCAAGUAUUCACAAUAUUUAUCUUCGUAUACGCGAGAAGAAAUUGAAUGGUAUGGUUUAACAUAUAAGGACGCAUGUAAGAAAUGGAUUGCUUUGAAAAAAGAGGAGAAUAAAGUACAACCAUUAAAAAUUCUAUACAGAUCUGAAUUAAUAGCAAAACUUAAAGAAAAUAAUGUUAAAGAAGCACAGGAUACUGAUGUCCUACUAAAGGAAAAGGACGGUGAUUUGUGGAUAUCCAAAUGGAAUCCAUUUUCAAAGAGCUCAGGAACCAAAUAGAUAAUAUCUGCAACUUGAUAUUACAUAUUUUAUAAAUAGUAAAAAAAAGGAAAAGAUCUAAGUAAACGUAAAAUCCGAACAAAUGUUUUGUUAUUGGCAAUACAAAUUUAUUGAUAUUAGAUUUUAUCAUUAUUUCAAAUGUUAUAAUCAAUUUUUAAAAACUUUUACAAUUACGAAAUUAUUAAAAUCUUUGAUUAUCUAAAACUUUCCUAUAGAAAAAAAGAAGUUAAAAAUUCACAUAUAUUAUAUCUUAAUUAUAAAGGAAAUUGUCUAAGAAAAAUCUCGAAUUUGAGAAAAAAUUUACUAAACUUCUUCGAUAUAAACAAAAAUUAAACUACGAUAUAGAGCAUUCUAAAUCACCAUCUUUUGGUAAACAAUCCAACAAGGAUGCUACAGCUCUUGUAAUAUAUGUCAUUGUACCAAAACUACCACUAGGAGCACUAUCAUAAAAGUGUUGGCAGACAUAAGCUGCUCCUCCGCAAAGAAGAUUUCCCAAUGCUGUUGUUUCACGCUGUUCUUUCGGUUUGGCACAACAGAGAGUAGCAUCUCCAUCGAUUUUCAUCUAAAAAUAAUAUAUCAAUUAGAACUUUAUAUCUGACCAAUUCUCUUUUUUUUUUUUAUAAAUAUUCACAUUAAUAGCCACAGUAUUUUAUACCUGGUCUUCCAAAAAGAUAGCAUUAGCUUUGUGUACUAAAUGUUCAACAGCAAUGAGACCUCCUAAAGAAACUACUGCAUUAUGUUCAGUCACCAAUGUUAAUACCAUUAAAGCUUCAACAACAAGUUGACGAUA